AUGGGCCGCAGUUUACGAUCGCAUACCAAGAAACGAUACAGAGCUAUCAAGCGUGAGGAAGUUUUCAAGCCGGUGGAGGAUGCACGUCUUGCCCGGUUAGCUGAAGCACAAGCCAAGGCAGCUUUGAAGCCCAAGGUUGGAGACUUUAUGGAUGAUGAAGCAUCAGGACAAGAGAAGAAGGAGAAGGAUCAAAACAAGGAUAUGAUGGAUACCGAUAGCAAAAACGACAUGACUCCUUCCUAUCGUCAACUUAAACGAGCUGCUGAGAAGAAGAAGGCUAUUCGUAGAAAGGCUCCCGGCAAAUCCAAAAAGAAGGGUACCGUCUUUUAG